CAAACUCCUCCAAUAAUGGUGGAAGCAAAAGAUCAGCAUGGUGCGAUGAACAACAAUACCUUUCCAACCAUUGAUCGUUGUUCAUCCUUCGGUCGGGAGAAGCACACGGUCGUCGCCGACAUGGAUGGGACAUUGCUUUGUGGGCGUAGCUCUUUCCCUUACUUCGCCCUUAUCGCCUUUGAGGCGGGUGGAGUCUUGAGGCUUUUGUUUUUACUAUUAGCCUCUCCGAUCGCUGGAAUUUUGUACUACUUCAUUUGCGAGUCAGCUGGUAUUCGUGUCCUUAUUUUCGCAACAUUCGUUGGAAUGAAGGUUUCCGACAUCGAGUCGGUGGCGCGUGCGGUUCUACCAAAGUUCUAUGCACAUGACUUGCACGUGGAGACUUGGAGGGUAUUUUCGUCAUGUGGAAAACGGUGCGUUUUAACAGCAAACCCAAGAAUCAUGGUAGAACCAUUUCUGAAGGAGUUCUUAGGCGCUGACGUAGUCAUCGGAACUGAAAUUCACACAAUCGGCCGGCGAGCCACCGGCCUGAUUCAAAGUCCUGGAAUCAUUGUGGGAAAAAACAAGGCUACGGCGGUGGGGGAAAUCCCAACGCCGGAUAUUGGGAUCGGUGACCGGAAAACUGAUUACCCCUUUAUGAAGCUCUGCAAAGAGGGGUAUGUGGUUCCGGCGAAGCAGGAGGUUAAGCCGGUCACCGUCGAUAAAUUGCCUAAACCAAUCGUGUUCCACGAUGGGCGACUGGUUCAAAAGCCGACGCCGUUAAUGGCGAUGGUUUUAGUUCUAUGGAUUCCAGUCGGGUUUGUUCUUGCUUGCUUGCGGAUUGCUGCCGGUUCUCUCCUCCCGAUGCCGAUUGUGUACUAUGCCUUUUGGGCUCUUGGCGUUCGGGUCAAAAUCAACGGUACACCACCACCUCCGGCGAAGAAAUCCACCGGCCAAACCGGCGUCCUCUUCAUUUGUUCUCAUCGAACCCUUCUCGAUCCAAUCUUCCUCUCAACCGCUCUCGGCCGUCCAAUCCCCGCCGUGACAUACUCAAUCUCCCGCCUCUCGGAGAUCAUUUCUCCCAUCAAAACCGUCCGCCUGAGUCGCGACCGAGCGGCCGACGCCGCAAUGAUCAAGAACUUACUCCAAGAAGGCGACUUAGCAAUUUGCCCAGAAGGGACGACAUGUCGGGAGCCAUUCCUGCUCCGAUUCUCAGCAUUGUUCGCAGAGCUAACAGACGAGAUCGUUCCAGUGGCGAUGUCGAACCGAAUGAGCAUGUUCCACGGGACGACAGCGAGAGGGUGGAAAGGGAUGGACCCGUUUUACUUCUUCAUGAACCCAAGUCCGGUCUACGAAGUGACGUUUCUGAACAAAUUGCCAUACGAACUGAGCUGCGGCGGAGGCGGGAAAUCGAGCCACGAGGUGGCGAAUUACAUUCAGAGGAUGAUUGCUGCAACGCUGUCGUAUAAGUGCACUAACUUCACCAGAAAAGACAAGUACAGAGCUCUCGCCGGAAACGAUGGCGUCGUUGUCGAGAAAUCGAAGGUUGAGUCUACAAAGAUAAUGGGCUGCUAGGGAUUCCAGACAAAAAAAACUUCAAU